AUGCCUGCCAUCCCACCCACAAUAGACGCAAAAAUCACACAGUCCUCCACAAUGGAUAACACGGUCAGCCUGCUCAAGCGGAGUGGCAUGGACGACCCCGACAAAUACCCGCUCUACAUCUUCCUCAUCAUCGCUGGCUGCAUUGUAGGAUCACUCAUUGGGUUCAGUGUAUACAGUAUGUUCUACGGCCUUGACGACUCAGAUAGGUUCAAGGACAUGUCCCACGAGCAACGAAACUACAUGCGCGAGACCAGACAGCGGAAUUUGAACAUGCUGGCUGUUGAGGCGAGGAGACCUGAUAUGAUUGUUCCUAUCAGGGAAUCGAAUGCUUGA